UGUUCUUCUCCCAACAGUGCAGCCUUGUGCGGCCGCGGGCAGCGGCGACAGGCAGCAGUCAGCGCGGCCCCGUGCUCCCACGCCACGGCGCAGGGGGGGAGUUUCUCCUCCUUUGUCUGCUCCCGGCCAGGCAGCUGCCGGUACGCGGCAGCGCCGGAGCAGCCGGGGAAGGGCCUCGGCAGGAUUCGCGGAGCACGGCGGCCGCAGUUCCCUCCGCCCCGGCACAGCCACCGGCCCGGCCCCGCCGCGCUGGCAACGAGCAGCGACCCCGGAGGAACCGAGCUCUUCAUGACGGAAACCCGACCAGGGAGCGGGGACGGCAGCCGCGCCCGGGGACGGGGAGGACGGCAGCACUGGGGACAAGGACACUCGCGCCCCGUCCCCUCCCCCGGCGCCCGCGGUCGGCCAUGGGGAACGGCAUGAGCCAGAUCCUUCCCGGCCUCUACCUUGGGAACUUUGUCGAUGCCAAAGACCUGGAGCAGCUGAGCCGGAACAAGAUCACCCACAUCGUUUCGAUCCAUGAAUCCCCCCAACCCUUGCUGAAGGAUAUUACCUACCUCCGCAUCCCCCUGCCGGACACCCCUGAGGCCAACAUCAAGAGACACUUCAAGGAAUGCAUCAGUUUUAUCCACCAGUGUCGCUUGCAUGGAGGGAACUGCCUCGUCCACUGCCUCGCCGGCAUCUCCCGCAGCACCACCGUGGUCGUUGCGUACGUCAUGGUCGUCACGGAGCUGAGCUGCCAGGAGGUGCUGGAUGCCAUCCGAACCAUCCGGCCCGUCGCCAACCCCAACCCCGGCUUCAGGCAGCAGCUGUCUGAGUUCGGCGGCAGCGCAGCCCGCAAGGUCCGCAGGCACCUGAAGCAGAGGUAUGGGACAUCCCCUUUCAAUGAUGAGGAAGAAAUAAAGGCCUUGCUGCCAGCAGGGAGAGAAGGAACAUCCAGGACAGAGGGAGCUCAGCAAGGACUGGUCCCAAGAGCCAGAGACAUCCGAAGCACGAGUCCCUUCCUGCUGCGGGUGAAGAGGACGUUCUCCUGCAUCCCAGCUUGUCUGAAGGGAGCAGCACAGUGGGGAAUCCGGUGUGGAAUCCGGCUCCUCAUCCUCAUCGCUGAUGCCCGGAGAAAAAAAUUUAAGAUCCGUCCCCUCCGCCGUGGGGCAGCCAGAGCCGGCGGCGCGGUCCGGGAAAAGGAAAGUGAAAGCCGGCGCCGCUUUCGGUUUCGCCGCCGGGCCGCGAUGGCGGAGCCGGGGUCGCCCAUGCGGCUGAAGGAGUGGCUGAUCGCGCAGAUCGACAGCGGCCGGUACCCGGGGCUGCGCUGGGAGAACCGGCACCGGACGCUCUUCCGCAUCCCCUGGAAGCACGCGGCCAAGCAGGAUUACCGGCAGCAGGAGGACGCCGCGCUCUUCAAGGCUUGGGCCGUCUACAAAGGGAAGUACCAGGAAGGGACGGACAAGGCCGACCCCUCCACCUGGAAGACUCGUCUGCGCUGUGCCCUCAACAAGAGCACCGACUUCCAGGAGGUGCCUGAGCGGAGCCAGCUGGAUAUCUCUGAGCCUUACAAGGUGUACCAGAUCGUGACUGACAGAGCCUGUGAUGCAGAGGACAGUGACACACAGUCCCCAGGCAGUGAGGACCAGCAGGGCAGCACUGUGGGGAGUCUAAAGAAGGAGGAGAGCCAGAAAGAUACACUGGAGACAGACCAUGGAUCUCCACAGCCCCUGCACUCUGCCCAUCCAACUGAGAGAGGCCAGGAGAGCACCUGGGAGUCCCCGAGGACAACUACCCACGUCCCUUUACCAUCUCGUCUCUGCCCUGGUCCAGGGAACCUCGCGAGGGGAGUCUUCUACGGCUGGAACCCAACCCACGGCCAGCUCCUCCCCAGACUCCAGUCCUACCUCCCUGUGGAGGAUGUCAGCAACCCAGAUUACUGGCUCCACAUCCGCCUCUACUACUGCAACGUGCUGGUGAAGGAGGUGACGGCCCGCACGGCCGAGGGCUGCCGCAUCACCAGCCGCGCCGUGCCAGCCGACAGCGUGUGCCUCUACGGCCCUGUCUGCAUGGAGCAGAUCGAGUUCCCCCCGCCGCAGGCACUCAGCGGCCACGGUCACGCGGCCGCCAUGGCCGGCGUGCUGGAGCGGCUCCUGCCCCACCUGGAGCGCGGGGUGCUGCUGUGGGUAGCGCCCGAGGGGGUCUUCAUGAAGCGCCAGUGCCAGGGCAGGGUGUACUGGAACGGGCCACUGGCCCCGCACAAGAACUGGCCCAACAAGCUGGAGAGGGAGAAGACCUACAAGCUGCUGGACACACAGCAGUACCUGCAGCAGCUGCGGGAGUACCUGAGCAACGGGCAGGUCAUGCCGCAGUACCAGAUCCACCUGUGCUUCGGGGAGGAGUACCCCACCAGAGCCGGGCACCCCUUCCAGAAGCUCAUCAUGGCCCACGUGGAGCCGGUGUUCGCACGGGAGCUCUUCCUUCAUGCCCAGCGCUUGAGGCCAACGUUGCUCCACACCUCCCCCCAGCCCUGUGCCCCCGGCACCUCCAACACCGUUAUUCAUGUUCCCAUCAAACAGCUCUGCCAGCCCUGAGCUAGGCAGGAGAGGAGAACUCAGUCACCAUAAAGUCUCAGAGCAGGAGGCUCUGGGCCCCACGGCCUUACUCCAGCUGUGUGUCCCAAGGCAGAGUACACAGGGUGCUCAGAGCGAGGAAUCAGAUGCAGGCAGGUGCUGGCCAGGGUGGGUGGGCACUGCUGCCCCUGUGAGUGCUGUAUUUAUUGCCCAGGAGCUCCCGAAGUAGGAUUUGCUGUGUGCCUGUUCAGCCAGUCGGGGCAGAGCUGGCUCCAUCCUUGCACUGCUGGGACUUGCCAUUUGUGAAACUUAGAAAUAAAGGUUGUGUUUUGGUACCAGUGUCAGGGGCUG